AUGCACGGACCGGUGAAAGGACUCUUCUUUGCCAUUUACUAUCCCACCCUCGCUGCUAUUGGUGUCCCCGCUAACUUGCUGGGGAUUGUAAUACUAGCCCGAGGACGGUGCGCACUCUCCCGUUGCAUCACCUACUACCUGUUGGCGAUAGCGGUGGCCGACUUCCUGGUCAUAAUCACCGCCGUCACCCUCAACCGGAUUGGUGGAAUUUAUUUCAGGCUCAGUGUCCUGUCCACUACACCUGCAUGCAAGCUCAGCGCCAUGCUGGUCUUUGCCACCUGGGAUGUCUCAGUCUGGCUGACGGUCGCCUUCACCUUCGACCGUUUUGUGGCCAUCUGCUGUCAUGGCCUGAAGACAAGGUACUGCACCAAGGAAACUGCAUUGCUAGUUAUAGGAUUGGCCUAUGACUGGCUUGACCACAUCUUAACUCCUUUCCUCCCGUUCCUCCUCAUUCUGCUGCUCAACGCCCUGACCGUAAGGCACAUCUUAGCGGCCAGCAGAACCCGCAGGAAGCUCCGGGGCGCCGAGAGUCACGGAGACCAGGAGAUGAUCAACCGCAAGAGAUCCAUUGUCCUGCUCUUCGCCAUCUCCCUCAGCUUCCUCCUCCUGUGGGUCACCUAUGUCGGACAUUUCUUCUACGUGCGCAUUACGGGUGACGCCUACUUCACUGGUCUGGAUUUCAAUGACCCAGAUUACAUCCUUCAAGAGACAACCAACAUGCUGCACUUACUCAGCUCCUGCAACAACGUCUUCAUCUAUGCGGUGGCCCAGAACAAGUUCCGAGAGGAGCUGAGGAAAGUGAUGAUAUAUCCAUUCGCCACCCUCACCAGCUGUUUCAAACGGUAA